CCUAGGGCUGGAGCGGCGUCCGGCGCAGGCUCAGCUGGGCCACCUGGCCGGGCCCGCCCACUCUCCUUUGCAGGCUGCCGUGGGAUUCCCUUUGCCUCCGGUUGGGGCUGCUGUUUCGCUUCGACGAAGACACUCUGGAACCCCUGCAGUCUUCUCCUCAUCUGGUGACCCUGAGAUGAUGAAGUUUUUGAGUCCUUUCAGAGAGGAAUGUCCCAAGCACCUGGGUAGGGUAGGCAUCAUGGCUGCCAGCCUCGUAGGAUUGCUUCUACUUCAGGCGGUGUCCUGGGCAUCAGGUGCCCGCCCCUGCAUCCCUAAAAGCUUCGGCUACAGCUCGGUGGUCUGUGUCUGCAAUGCCUCAUACUGUGAUUCUCUUGACCCCCUGACACUUCCUGCCCCUGGCACCUUCAGCCGCUAUGAGAGUACACGCAGUGGGCGUCGGAUGGAACUGAGUAGGGGGACCAUCGAGGCCAAUCGCACGGGCACAGGGCUCCUACUGACCCUGCAGCCAGAAGAGAAGUUCCAGAAAGUGAAGGGAUUUGGAGGGGCCAUGACAGAUGCUGCUGCUCUCAACAUCCUUGCCCUGUCACCUCCUGCCCAGAAUUUGCUACUUAAGUCGUACUUCUCUGAAGAAGGACUUGAGUAUAACAUCUUACGGGUACCCAUGGCCAGCUGUGACUUCUCCAUCCGUAUCUACACCUAUGCCGACACCCCUGAUGACUUCCAGUUGCACAACUUCAGCCUCCCAGAGGAAGAUACCAAGCUCAAGAUACCCCUGAUUCAUCGAGCUCUGAAGUUGUCUCAACGCCCCAUCUCACUCAUUGGCAGCCCCUGGACAUCACCCACUUGGCUCAAGACCAAUGGGAAAGUGAAUGGGAAGGGGACACUCAAGGGACAGCCAGGGGAUAUCUAUCACCAGACCUGGGCCAAGUACUUUGUCAAAUUCCUGGAUGCCUAUGCUGAGCAUAAGUUACAGUUCUGGGCAGUGACAACGGAAAAUGAGCCUUCUGCAGGGCUGAUUAGUGGGUACCCCUUCCAAUGCCUAGGCUUCACUCCCGAACAUCAGCGAGACUUCAUUGCCCGUGACCUGGGCCCUGCCCUCGCCAACAGUACUCACCGUGACAUCCGCGUACUCAUGCUGGAUGACCAACGUUUACUGCUGCCCCGCUGGGCACAGGUGGUGCUGGCAGACCCAGAAGCAGCUAAGUAUGUUCACGGCAUUGCUGUGCAUUGGUACCUGGACUUUCUGGCUCCAGCAAAAGCCACCCUGGGGGAGACACACCGCCUGUUCCCCAACACCAUGCUCUUUGCCUCAGAGGCCUGUGUGGGCUCCAAGUUCUGGGAGCAGAGUGUGCGUCUCGGCUCCUGGGCUCGAGGGAUGCGGUACAGCCACAGCAUCAUCACGAACCUCCUGUACCAUGUCGUCGGCUGGACCGACUGGAACCUUGCCUUAAACCCUGAGGGAGGACCCAACUGGGUGCGCAACUUUGUUGAUAGCCCCAUCAUUGUGGACAUCACCAAGGACACGUUUUACAAACAGCCCAUGUUCUACCACCUUGGCCACUUCAGCAAGUUCAUUCCUGAGGGCUCCCAGAGAGUGGGGCUGGUUGCCAGUGAGAAGAACAACCUGGACACAGUGGCACUGAUACAUCCGGAUGGCUCUGCAGCAGUUGUGGUCGUGCUGAACCGCUUCUCUAAGGAUGUGCCUCUUACUAUCAAGGAUCCUGCCGUGGGCUUCCUGGAGACCAUCUCACCUGGCUACUCCAUUCACACCUACCUGUGGCGUCGCCACUGAUGCAGCAGACACUCAAGGAGGCACCAGGGCUCCGCAUGGACAUUAAAGGGACAGAGUCAACUAAGAUGCUAUCUGUGGUUAAAGAGGGCACAGCAGGGCCAGGGUGAGCUUACAGUGAUGUAAGCCCAGGGGCAGUGGUUUGGGUGACUCACUCUCCCCUUGAGUUGGUGCCAGGGGCUGGAGGCCCCUAGGGAAAGAUCAGGAAGCCCUGGAGCCCCCCAGCCCCCGUGCCUGUGUGAGCGUGUGCUGUGCUCGUUGCUUGUGGAAACUGGGCCGAAGCCCAGGGUGAGCUCAUUGUCUGUACAAACACAAGAUGGGAGGAGGGGGGCUAAGGAAAGGAAGAGACUAGGAAAGCUGGACCUGAAACUGGGGCUGUUUGACUUUCCUGGAAAUGCAGAACUGGGCCCUUGUAGAAGCCAAGAACCCCUGGAUAGGCUCAAGCACCCAGCUGGCUCCCAUGGCACCAGCUAGGAAAAAUGGCAGCCCCUUAAAGGAGAGAAUAUAUGA